AUGGCAGAAGCUGCUGUUCGAUCAACUAAAUUUCAUUUAAGACGUAUUCUAAAUUUAACUCACCUCACAUAUGAGGAAAUGUCCACUUGUUUAGCCCAAAUAGAAGCUAUACUAAAUUCCAGACCGUUAACCCCAUUCUCAUCAGAUCCUUCAGAUCUCUUAGCUCUAACUCCCUCUCAUUUUCUAAUUGGUCGUACUCUCACUACCGUGCCAAAUCCACAGAUAUCCGAGGAUAUUAACAUUAACCAGUUGCAACGCUUCCGUCGGGUGGAAAUAAUAAAACAACAUUUCUGGCAAAGAUAUGCUAAUGAUUAUAUUUAUUCACUUCAGCAGAAAACAAAGUGGCACCAUAACAAGAGAGACUUGAUGCCUAACACGCUUGUUCUUAUCAAAGAUAAAAUGGCUCCUCCGCUACUCUGGAGCCUUGGACGAGUCGAGAAGGUGUUUCCUGGAGUUGAUGGAGUCAAUCGUGUAGCGCAAAUAAAAACAGCAAAGGGCGUUAUACGCAGAGCAUGGAACAAUAUAUGUGCUUUGCCUAUGGAGGAGGAUACUUUUGAAGCACACUUCAACCGGGGGAGCAUGUCCAAUCACGCAAGUUCCACGUGCAUUGGAACGGAGCGAGGGGAAGGCGGGACGGAGGCGCGGAUCGCGGGACGCGGGGGCGCCCGCGCAACACCGGCCGGCGACCGGCACUCUUCGAGAACAAUGGCUACUGUCGACACCCAUGUCGCGUCUAAUAAUUAA